AGAACGCGUGGACGCCAGUGCAUCUCUUGCUCGCUCGUCUUAGCUGAGCAUUGUGUUUGAAACUCGCCUCUGGGUUUAAUGUUUCGUUAUAUGACUGUCGUUUCAUGGCCUGGCUUCCCGACGUGGUUUGAGAGCGGACCUCUGUUUCCAGGAACUGUGUUUCUAGUGAUAUAAGCCGCGCGUCUUAUUUCCAACACAGGCGUUUGGGUUUAGCUCUGCGGCUACAUCGAAGCGCGAACGCCUCCCGCCUCUCCGGAGCAUUUAUGCCACCAUGUGUAAAAUACAAAGUCUGAGGGCCGAAGUGAAGCAUCGACUGAAUGAAGCUGUUCGUGAUGUUUUCGAGCUGUUCGAAAGGACCAUAGACGAGCUCGCAGAAGAACUUCGUCGCUCCAAAGAGGAGAACGAGCGACAGCGCAACCUACUGGACGCAAUACUGAAGCCUCGAGUGUAUCUGAGUAGAACAGAUUGUGAGCUGGGCAAAGAGCCUGUUAACGAAAAACAAGACCCUUUGAGGCAGCAGAAGCUGAGCUUCAUUCCUGACCAAACAAGUUCCAUACUGCCCGUCGUAAAGAAAGAACCUGAGGAACGAUUGGUCAGACAAGUCUUGGGGGCACAGGAGGAGCAAGAGAGCGCUGAUACCAGUCUUCUAUUGAGGUCAUUGAAAAUUGAACAGGAUUGUAGUGGGGGUGAUGAAGACCUUCUUUCUUCAGGGCCGUGUCAGAGUGACCGUUGCCAGAACAGAGAACUGACCAGCGGAUCGACACUCAACUUAAAAGGUGUUGAAAGGGAUGACAGCUACCGCGGAUCAGAACUGGCUAGCCUCCUGCACCCUGCUAAAUUUCCCCAUCCACAGCCUCGCGUCACCGUCAGAGUGCCAAACUCGUCUCACAGUCAAGUAGAUCGCAGCAAAAGACGCCUGGGCAAUGAGGAAAACCCUUCAGUGAGCAAGCCUUUCGUGUGUCCUCUUUGCGGCAAGGCCUUCCGCUGCAGGUCCACCUUCCGCUAUCACAUCCGGAUUCACUCUGGAGAGAAACCGUUCAGCUGCUCAGUUUGUGGGCACAGAUUUAGGCAGCGCUCAGACCUGGUGGCCCAUUUCCGCGUCCACACUGGAUAUAAACCUUUCUCCUGCACGCUCUGUCCGAUGACCUUCAGCCGCAGCUACUCGCUGGGGCUACACAUGAGGACGCACACCGGGGAGAAACCCUUCGCUUGCACUUUGUGUCUGAAAAGGUUUGCGUGGAAGUCGCAGUUGAAGAAACACCACUGUGUGGCGUUUGUAUCCGGAGUGAACGAGUCUGCUCCAAGUGAGAUGCCACUGAUGCAACAAGAGGUGUUUAUUCCCAGUUCACAAUUCCAGUAGCGAUCGUGAGGAACUGAGACUCAUGCUCGGUCUGUGGUCAAAGUUAAUGUACUUUAAAUUAAGUAUCUGUUGUGGGGGUUUUUUUUUCAGCAAACUAAUGCUUUUACACUUAAGGCUGCACGAUUAUGACUAAGAUGAACUGCAUCACGAAGUGAUACUCAAUGGAAACAAACACAGAAUACAGGAUCGUGUUGUGAUGUCCUUCCUCGGUUCCCUGACAGUCCAUGCUAGCAUGAUAGCCUGUGAAAUCGCAAGCAUAAAUGUGCCUCAUAAUGUGUAGCAACGGUACUCCAGGUGGUUUUGACUCGCUCAUUUGUAUUUAUUUUCUCGCAACACUCAGUCAUCAGUGAGUGACAGGUCUGACUCAGAUGCGUAAUGUGAAGCCUGAGCCAACUGUAUGGUCAUUUAUGAGGGACAGGCUUUUAACUAGGACGGUGUCUGGGCAUCUGCAAAACAUGAAAAAACGGACGCCAGAUGCCGCCAUAUACCAGCGUAAUCUGCCAUCCAAGAUACGGCCAAGAAUUGGAUGUUCAUUUUUUCAUGUUCUGCAGACGCCCAGAGGUCCUCCUAGCUAAAAGCCUGAUGCGGGACUUUCCCUCAGAUUUGCUUAUGCCGUCGCAGUUGGUUGCAUUUUGAACCCAUGUGAAAGUCACCGUCCACCAAAAUGAUUUAAUGUCAGCUGCCUAUUGCUAAACUCACAAUCAAGUUGGAGAUUUGAUGACUUGUGCAGCUCUACUUUCACUUCACGGCACAAUAUUGCACAUCUUUCUCCACUAUGGGUCCAUGAAUCCCCUGAUGCUGCUCAAUAGAGCAGUUUGUUUUGGCAGCUGUGACACUGUUUAACCUGAUUCCCAAUAUUAAUAUUUACAUACUCACCAUUCUACCUCAUUCAAGAUCCAUUGUCUGCAUUGUUCUGUUCGUGACACAACAAGCACCACAAUGUGAGGCUUGAUGCUCUCGAUUCUGUUCCAAAUGACUCCGCCCGUUUGACCUGCAUGCAUCACUGCCACACCCUGUGACCAUUCAUUUAUUUAACCUUUUUCCCCAACCCUCGCUUUCAUAAUGUCGUGGUGUUACUUGGGUCUAUGUCUGUUAUAUGCUGUGCUCAAGUGUUUAAAAAGCUGUACUGCUACAUUGGGUUUUAGCAGAAGCAGGUGUUGCAUCGAUAUGUUUAAAGUCAUAUGUUGUUGUUUUUUUCCCCAUUUCUGGAGGGGGGCUUGUGACAUUUCUUGAGUUUUCAUUGAGAAAUAUUUUGGCAUUUCUUUUGAUAUGUUGAAAGAAUCAUCCAAAACUGCCUAGAUUACCGUC